AUGCCUCAGAAGAAGGUUCCAGAAAACAUCCCCAUUUGGGCAACAAGCCACCAAGUUGGUGCAGACAAGCAGUGGCUGCUACUUGGCCAGCGGGAGGCCCGUAUUGUCCUGGGGCUGGAGGGGCCAGCGCCGUGGCUGCGGGCCGGCUGUGAUGACUCGCCUGGCUGGGGCUGCAUCCGGCCGCCGCCUCGCGUCACAGCUCCCCCUGCCGAGCUGACAGGCGGGCCUGCGCCAGCACCCCCCUUGCUCGCCGCCCCCCGGCUCCAGUGGCCAGAGCCUGGAGCAGGAGAGGGGGACCCGGACGCAGCCCUCCACCCCAUCACUCGGGGACCCCAGGCUGCCAACAGCUACCUGCGAGACCAGUGGUUCCAUUCUCUGCAGUGGAAGAAAAAGAUUUACAAAUAUAAGAAAGUCCUGAGUAACCCAAGCCGUUGGGAAGUUGUCUUGAAGGAGAUCCGAACUCUGGUGGACAUGGCCCUGACCUCCCCCCUGCAGGAUGACUCCAUCAACCAAGCCCCGCUGGAAAUCGUCUCCAAACUGCUCUCAGAGAACACAAACUUGACUACCCAGGAGCAUGAGAACAUCAUUGUGGCGAUUGCUCCUUUGCUGGAAAACAACCACCCACCACCAGAUCUCUGUGAAUUCUUUUGCAAGCACUGCAGAGAGCGGCCUCGGUCCAUGGUGGUCAUCGAGGUGUUCACGCCCGUGGUCCAGAGGAUCCUCAAACAUAACAUGGACUUCGGGAAGUGUCCGCGGCUGAGGCUCUUUACUCAGGAGUACAUCCUUGCCUUGAAUGAGCUCAACGCGGGGAUGGAAGUGGUGAAGAAGUUCAUUCAGAGCAUGCACGGCCCCACGGGGCACUGCCCCCACCCCCGGGUCCUGCCCAACCUGGUGGCCGUGUGCCUGGCUGCCAUCUACUCCUGCUAUGAAGAGUUCAUCAACAGCCGCGACAACUCCCCCAGCCUGAAGGAGAUCCGGAACGGCUGCCAGCAGCCCUGCGACCGGAAGCCCACCUUACCUCUGCGCCUUCUGCACCCCAGCCCGGACCUGGUGUCUCAGGAAGCCACGCUGUCCGAGGCGCGGCUCAAGUCGGUGGUCGUGGCCUCCAGCGAGAUCCACGUGGAGGUGGAGCACACCAGCACUGCCAAGCCGGCGCUGACGGCCAGCGCGGGCAACGACAGCGAGCCCAACCUCAUCGACUGCCUCAUGGUCAGCCCCGCCUGCAGCACCAUGAGCAUCGAACUGGGCCCCCAGGCCGACCGCACGCUCGGCUGCUACGUGGAAAUCCUCAAGUUGCUGUCCGACUAUGAUGACUGGAGACCAUCUCUGGCCAGCUUGCUUCAACCCAUUCCAUUCCCCAAAGAAGCUCUCGCACACGAGAAGUUCACCAAGGAGCUGAAGUAUGUGAUUCAGAGGUUCGCCGAAGACCCGCGACAAGAGGUGCACUCGUGCCUGCUGAGUGUGCGGGCCGGCAAAGAUGGUUGGUUUCAGCUCUACAGCCCCGGCGGCGUGGCCUGUGAUGAUGACGGGGAGCUGUUUGCCAGCAUGGUGCACAUCCUCAUGGGCUCCUGUUACAAGACCAAAAAAUUCCUGCUCUCCCUGGCGGAAAACAAGCUGGGACCCUGCAUGCUGCUGGCGCUGAGGGGGAACCAGACCAUGGUGGAGAUCUUGUGCCUGAUGCUGGAGUACAACAUCAUCGACAACAAGGACACGCAGCUGCAGAUCAUCUCGACCCUGGAGAGCACGGCCGUGGGCAAGCGCAUGUACGAGCAGCUCUGCGACCGGCAGCGGGAGCUGAAGGAGCUGCAAAGGAAAGGCGGGCCCACCAGGCUAACACUGCCCUCCAAGUCCACAGACGCCGACUUGGCCCGUCUGCUGAGCUCUGGCUCUUUCGGAAACCUGGAGAACCUCAGUCUGGCCUUCACCAACGUGACCAGCGCCUGCGCUGAGCACCUCAUCAAACUGCCUUCUCUCAAGCAGCUGAACCUGUGGUCCACUCAGUUUGGAGACGCCGGCCUGCGGCUCCUGUCGGAACACCUCACCAUGCUCCAGGUGCUGAACCUGUGUGAGACGCCUGUGACCGACGCCGGCCUGCUGGCCCUCAGCUCCAUGAAGAGUCUCUGCAGCUUAAACAUGAACAGCACCAAGCUCUCGGCUGACACCUACGAAGAUCUGAAGGCCAAGCUCCCCAACCUGAAGGAAGUGGACGUGCGCUACACGGAAGCCUGGUGAAGCUCCCGCCGGCAGGAAGGAGUUUGCAGCCGCCACACACAACUCUUGACUAAUAGCCGUAGAGCGCCGGUCCUGGGGUCGCGCCCCGGCGGCCCGGCUGUGAGAUAGAUGGGGGAGUCUUUCGGGGGCAGA